UUACAGGUUAAUUUGCCAAACUGAAAACUCAACCCUCUCUUUAGGGAAAAUAAAAGAAAAGAAGGGCCUUUGAGUUCUCCUCCUCUUCUUCUUCUUCACUGUGUUCCUUACUGGUGCAACCAUGGCGUCCUCGUCGAGAAGCAAAUACAGAGGCCACCUCUGCUCCACGUUUCACGCCUCUUCCCCGCCCAUCGCUUCCUCAUCGUCCUCAGGCUUCGCUUCAUCGAGCUCGAGCUUCUCCGCGCGAUCGUCGACCUUCUUCUCUCGCGGCGCUUCUCCGCCGCGCGUGAGGAUGUCCGGGCACUCAAGCCAGUCGUCCCCGUCCGUCCGCUUCUCGAUCGACCGGCCUACGUCCCCCGGCCGCUCGAUCUCCGUCAGGAACCAGAUCAACGGCGGCGGCGGCGGCGGAAGGACGGCGAGCGUGCCGAAUCAGAAGAAGACGUGCAUGUGCUCUCCGACGACGCACCCCGGAUCGUUCCGGUGCUCACUGCACAAGAACUCGAGAUCCAACGCCCAGCAUCAUUCCGCGCCGUACAAUUCGAGCAGGAGCUUGAAUUUCAGGAGAUCGGCGAUGACGAAUUCACUGGUGAGGAUUGGCGGAGUGGAAGGCGACUUGGUGAGGAGAGCGCUCGCUGCUUUGAUUAGGCCGUCUUCGCAUCAAGUCAGACGCCGAGCCGAUUUCAAACCGAGACCGAGUCGGCUGUCGAACGUGUCCAGAGCCGAGGAUUCCUGAACUUGUUUUUCUAGUGGAUCGAAGCAGCAACAUUUGUUAAAUCUGUUUUGGCUUUGGAGUUUAUGGCAGAAAGUAACCGACGGAAGGGCUUUUGCUAUUUUUUUUUUCUAUUGAAUUUGUUCCCAUAUUUGAGGGGAUCAAAUCAGUAAAGAUCGCGGCUUUUUGCUGUAAAUAGAUGAGAAGCAUGGCGAGUUUUUGGUGU